AUGACUGCUUCUCGAGAAAAAGACAAGACAAAGACAGUGGUUUCUUCUACCAAGAACCAAAUGGUAAAGACUAAAAGUCGGUUCAAGCGAAUGCCUCCUCGCUGUCAUGCCGUCCGUUCUACAGAUAUCUUUGUUUCUAAAAGAUCUUCUUUCCCUGCCCUGACAAAAAGAGCUCUUUCUUUCUUGGAACCAUCAGCGACUGGUCGUAAGCAAGUGAUUAUACAGACCUCUCAAAAGGUAACGAUCCAUGGACUAGGCGCUGCCAUUAUCUGUGCUGUUCAAUUAGCUUUGCAUAUCCAAAAAGCAGCAUCGAUCUCGAUUUCUUUAUCAACCACUACCUCAUCUGUCACUCUCAUUGACGAUGUUUACAAAAGAUCGGGUGUAGAUUCUGACACUACUGGAUUUAAUCAGAGCGAGUCUGUUGUGUGCGGAAAUGGUGAAGCAAAAGUGUCGAUCGAUCCCAAUGAUAAUGCAGCCUACAAUCUAGACGGUGCUGACAUUUCUCUGGAUCAGGAGUCUCGAACAAACUCCGCUAUUCAUAUUGUACUGAGUACCUUGUGA